AUGGACGUUCUUGACCAAAAUUCGGCUCAAUUCGAGUUCGCUACAUUCAAUAGCAUCAAGGGCGGCGCUCAAGGCGCUGGAUCCAACAAAGCUCCCUUCCUAUUCAUUGUCAAAACCCCUACCUCUGGCGCAUUAUCCCGCUCAACUACCCGAAGUGCUGCUGCGAGCAUCAACAGCCACGCCCAGCGGUGGGCUCAGGAGGCAGCCUCUUCCAAGGCUAUCGACGGUAGCAGCACUCAGCGCCAGACAGACACCUUGCUCUUUGAGAAAUGCUUGACGAGGUGCCGAGUUUCUCGACUGUUGGAUGACCCAAAUAAACCAUCUAAGGGGAGACGCUCAGCAAAUGCAAAGCAAACAAGUCACAUCACAACAAAAAGGGUCAAGAAAUUGAGGCGAGCAACUUCUGAAAGCCGCAGUGUGGCGUCUGACAAGGAUACCUCGACAAGUCCGGAACCCGAGUCUCGACGGCGACAAGAUUCAAGUGAGGACGAGUAUCUUGACAACGACGCGAUUCAACUACUGCUGGGCCCUUCCCCUGGUCCUGGGCAGAAACCUGUCGUUGAUCCCUUUGAUUGCACAGCUAGCACGAUAGACAGCGACAUACUACCCAUCCUCCAAUACUUCCUCAGUUUUGCUCUUCUCUCUACACCUCGAGGCGACGAUGGCCAGAGACCUCCAGACGCCGUAUUUGCCCACCACUUCUCCAGCAUUGAUGCCAUCAUCCAAGGCUGCAUGAGGAAGAGUGUGCACAUGUACGCCCUCCUCGCAGCCACGGCCAGCCGAAUGAGAAGAGUCUCGGGCAUAUCCUUCCGCGCGGGCAGCGGACCCGAAUUGUACCUACACAAAGCCCUUCAAUGCCUGCGAUUGCUGCUUGACAGUCAGUCGGCGGCCGAAGACCGUCAGAUCAUCCUUGACAUCUAUUACCUAAGCGUAUGCGGGUGGUAUAUGGAGAAUUAUGGAGAGUCGAAGACCCACUUCAACAUCCUUAAACAUUUCUGGAAGACGUUGACUCCUGGGCAGUCCACGCUUGAUCGGUACAUCUAUGAUAUGCUCAGUUACAAUGCAAUCUUCCUGGAAUCUGACGCCACGAAUGUGGAGGGAUCGAUGGUGACACCGGAGCUCCUUUGUCCUUCCACGGGAAGUGGAAAGAUCUAUCAAUCCUUGGGCUGGCACCCCCGCCGAAUCUAUUCGCCUCACCACUGUUCAGCCUUUCCCGCAGCACUGGAACAAACGACAUAUAGCCCUGAUUUGAAAAAUGUGGUGCAGGAACUUCCCUCUCUUGUUUGGUUCUUUGAUCAUUUCCAUCAGAACCCCGACUUUAUCGGGCCUGAGACGGAUUGGGUUCUCAGCAAGAGCAAAUUCCUGGUACUCCGCCUGUUGGAGAUCCCCAGCUAUGGCGGCGAGCUUUGCUGUCGACUAGCUUUGGUCUUGCUGCUCCAACAUAUCUCCCAGUCUACCCUGACAAAGUUCCAUUGCACCGACGAAUCCAUCUAUUCUUCCUCGGCUUCCGAGAAAAGACCGCCGAUAGGCCCAGCAUUGAUCACGCAACGUCUAAAACACCAGCUCCAGUACGAAAUGCUCCAGCCCUCGAAGGAAGUGGCCUCGGGCGUGGACUCCGCCCCACAAUCCACCAGCGGAACCCACGUGACCUGGACGGGUAGAUCCGACCGCAUGCUCCUUUGGAUCCUCAUCACCGGGCUCUUUGGGGCGCGCAACACCGAUCAAAAAGAAGAGCACCGAUGGUUCUGGACCCAGGCGGUGGCGUUGAUGCGAGUCCUCAGCAUUGGAUCCGUGAAGCUGUUGAAGGAGUUGAUGAAUUCGUUCGUGUGGGUCCAGGGCAUGCUUGACGAUCAGGCGUUGGAGGAGUUGUUCAAGUUAGGCUCGGUGUCCGAUGAAAAAGAUGGUAAAUGA